AUGGCAGCAAAAAGUACAAUAUCUGAACUUUCAAAUAAAGAUAAAUUAAGUCUUUCUGGUAGUAAAAGUGAUCGUGAUAUAGUUCAUCAACCAGCCCGUGAUUAUACUCCAAUUACUUGUUUUUUUAAAACAUGCGAUCGAGAAGAUAGUGAAAAAUUAUUACGUGAAUCGUAUUCAUCAAGUAAACAAAAAAAUGGAAUUUAUAUGCUUCGUCAAUCAACACGUGAUGAAAAUAAAUUUAUUCUAUCAUUAAUUAAAGAUGGACAAUGUUAUCAUUAUCGUGCACAUCAUGCAGGAAAUGGGACAUUUCUUGAUGAAAAAACUGAUUCAGUAUUUUAUUCAUUAGAUGGAUUACUUGAAUAUUAUCAAACAGAUGGUGUUCGUCAUUUACGUUGUCCAUUAACAAUACCUCUUCGUGGUCAUUCAUUACCUGCAUUUGCUCAACGACGUGGUAUAACAACUGCUCUUCAUCAAGCGGCUUCCGAAGGUCAAAAAGAUGUUGUUUCUCAGAUUCUUAAUGAUCACGAUUGUCCGGAUAUACAUUGCAAAAAUGAAGAAGGAAAUACACCAUUACAUGAAGCAUGUUUUUUUGGAAGAGAUGAUGUUGUUAAAGAACUAUUAAAAGCUGGGGCUAGUUGGAAAUUCGUGAAUAAAUUAGGAUGGACAUCAUUACAUCAAGCAGCACUUGGUAAUUGCCCAACCGUUGUUGAUAUACUUGUUAAUCGUGCUCAAGCAGAUGUUGAUGCAAGAAAUCCUUUUAAUUUAUAUGCACCAAUUCAUUGUGCUGCUGCUUGUAAUAAUGUUGAGACCAUUGCAACUUUAAUAGCUCAUGAUUCACCAUUACGCCCAUUAACAGAAAAUAGCGAAACACCAUAUGAUUUAGCUAUUAAACAUAAUGGAAGUGAAUGUAUUGAAAAACUAGCGGCAGCUCGAUCAAAACCCGCAUUAUCUCGUCGUAUAAAUUAUUAUCAUGGUUCAUUAACUAACAAUGUAUCUUGUUUACAUGAUAAACAACAUAUUGAAAAUGAAGAAAAACUGGAACAAUUAAGAACUGAAAUUUCUCAAUUACGUAAAAUGUUAUAUACAACAACACACGAUCAAUUGAUCUAUAACGAUCAUAGUAGAACUUCUUCAAUGUUUGGCACAACUCAUGAAGAAAAUAAAGCUAAGGAUUAUGAACAAUGGACUGAAAUUGAAGAUGAUGCAAAAAAACUUCAUGAACUUAUUCAAUCACAAAAAAACCAAAUUAAUGAAAUUGUUAGUUUAGUAUCUCAAACAGCAACAGCUUCAACAAGCCUCAAUACAACUGAUGUUUCUAUUGAUAAUUCUAAAGAUACAGUAGCUGAUAGACAAACAUUAACAACUACAAAUACUAACUUGAUUAGUAAUCUUUUAAAAAAAAUUCAUAAUAUAACUGGACAACAAGAACCAACUAUUACUACUACAUCACAUGAAACAAUACUUGAAAAUCAUUCACCUGGUAUAUCACCUACCAGUUCAAUGGCUACUUUGACUUUAACAUCAUUAAAUCAAAUACGUGAUAAUCCACCACCACCACCACCACCACCACCACAAAUUGAAGAUUCGAGUAAUCAACAAGUUAACAAUGAAGAACCACAUAUACCAAUCGAUAUUCCAUUACCACCACCAUCACCACCUGCUGUUGUUAUUGAACCAAAAAAAUGUCCUAUUUGUAAUCAUGAAUUUGAAUUAACAUGCAGCGAUGCAGACAUGUAUGAACAUAUUGAAAAAUGUUUAUAUUCACCAAUGGCUAAUACUGAACCACAGUCAUAUGAAUGUCCAAAUUGUACUCGAAAAUAUCCAGGCGAUGAUGAAACAGCUUAUCUUCAACAUCUAUCAGAUUGUUAUAAUAGAGAUAUUGCAGGUGAUUUUGAAUAA